GCCCCGCCGCGCCGCGCUCAUAUUGCGUUUCUAUGGUGAUUCGCUGCCGUGUCCCCUCCCCGCGUGCCUCGGCUUUUUCAUCAUGGCUCCUGCUGCGGACAGGCCCGGCUACUGGGGCCGGCCUACCUCCACCCUGGACUGGUGUGAGGAAAACUACACUGUGUCUUUCUACAUCGCAGAAUUCUGGAAUACUGUGAGUAAUCUGAUCAUGAUUCUACCUCCUAUUUAUGGUGCCAUCCAAACAGUAAAAGAUGGCCUUGAGACCCGUUAUGUUUUUGCCUACUUAGGACUCACAGCAGUGGGAAUUGGCUCUUGGUGCUUCCAUAUGACAUUGAAAUAUGAGAUGCAGUUACUUGAUGAAUUGCCAAUGAUCUACAGCUGCUGUGUGUUUGUCUACUGCUUAUAUGAAUGCUUUAAACAGAAGAAAUCCUUCAACUAUUUUCUAUUCAUUUUAUUAUUGACAUUCAGCAUUUUGGUUACAACAGUAUACUUGCAGUGGAAAGAGCCAAUAUUCCAUCAGGUUAUGUAUGGGAUAUUGGUUGGAUGUUUAGUGCUCAGAUCUGUAUAUAUUGUUACAUGGGUGUACCCGUGGUUGAGACCCCUUGCAUAUACAUCUUUAGGUGUAUUUCUAGUGGGGUUUGCAUUGUGGAAUGUUGAUAACAUUUUCUGUGACACCUGGAGGGAUGUCCGACAGAAGAUGCCUCCUGUCAUUGGAGCUGUCACACAGUUUCAUGCUUGGUGGCAUAUAUUAACCGGCCUUGGUUCUUACCUCCAUGUUCUUUUUAGCCUACAUACUAGAACACUAUACCUAAAACACAGACCUAAAGUAAAGUUUAUUUGUGGAAUCUGGCCUGUAAUUCGGGUAGAGCCUCCAAAGAACAAAUAAGGAUUCAUCACAGAAAAAAGUGACCAAAAUUGGGCCCUAGCAAUGUUUUUUCUUUCAAAAACCAAGAUUUUUUUACUGGGAAGAAGACCUUAUGAUCCAAAUCCAGAACCGUUUGACUUGAAUUUUCAUUUUAUGGCAGUAUAUUGUUGACAUUGCCAAGUGAAGCCUUUAGCAGCCAUGAUGGAAAAUAGGAAAUGAGUAGCUUUAAUCACUGGUGUAAGCUUGUAGCAAAUCAUUUUGGGAGUGAUUUUUCUAAUGCAGUGAGCAAUGUAUGAUAUGUACAGGUGCAUAAUCUUUGUGCUGGCCACAAAAACCUAGUAUAAAUGAUUUCCAGAAAAGUUAUUAACAUCACUAAACAUUUAUGGUUGGAUAAAUAAAGUGUAGAGUCAGAGGCAACUAAUGAAGUCGGAAAACACUUCUGACGAUAGUAAUUAUAGCUGAAAAUAUAUUUACAUUUAAAGAAAUCAGUGAGAGAAUGUGGUUAAAAUAAUCUAUAAUGCCUUAUAUAGUCUCUGUCUUUCACUUAUAAGAAGUGAGUACAUUCAAGAAUAAUGUGUAAGGUGUUUAUUUUUUGUUUAUACUUUUUACUUUUUCUUUUAACAUGGGUCCAAAAAGAGGUAUGUUCUUUCUCUUUUGUUGGCAAUGUAUUUAAAGUACCAACAUUUAUUAAAAGUGUUACAAAAUGCCUUUAUAACUGGAAAGUAGUUUAGAGAUUAACUGACCUAUAAAUAUUGUAUAGGUGAAAUAAACAUCUUCACAAUAUUAUUUAUAUUCUUUGAUUAUGUAAUCUAAACAGAAUUUUGCUAGAGUGUUUUUUUUUUUUGGCUAUAGUUUGUAUGUUUGUAUAAAGAAGCAAAUGUUUCUGGGAUAAAAAAAAAUCACAUCAAGUGUUAAAAAUAUGGCAAUAUAUUUCAAGUGUCUUUCUAUGCAAAUAAUAAUAAUAAUGUAUUAUAGAAACCUUAAUUUUACUUGCACAGUUUUGCCUCAUUGUUUAUUUGAAUUUUUUUAAUCUGCUAUUCAUUAAUGUCUGAUUAACUUAUUUAAUUAGUUAUUUAAUUUUAAAUCUAAAGUGAUCCCUUCGUAUAUUCUCUGACAUAUUAUUGUUCUAAAUGUAUAAAUACUGUUUUAGGGCAUUAGAUGGUUUAAAUUUUAUGUAGAUUUGUAUGUAGUUUCAGCAUAGAUUUGUAAGCACUCCAGAUUAUUCUGUUGUGUUAUCAAAUAAGAGAAAUGUGCAGCAUGGGCCAAAUUCUUUGGCAUAUUUCUGCUUAAUUAUUUUUGAAGCAUGCAAAAUAUUGGUUUGUUAAUUUUAGCACUUAUCAUUUGUGAAUCUUCCAGUCAGAUAACUUCAAAUUAUUGCAUUGAGUGAUUAUUUUAAUCAGAGGGUAUCAUGCAAUGUUGUUUUAAUACACAAACAACAUUAUGUGUUUACAGAUCUCUAAAUUGUCCUUAUUGUUAUUUGUUUUAUUUAAAACAUUACUUUAAUCAUCUUCACGUGUGGUUUUAGGUUUGAAAUGGCUUUCAUUCUUAUAAAAAUAUAUUUACAGUGUUGUUUGUCAUUCUCUAGGUUUUACAUCUAACAAAUAUCUUGGUAACACUAGAAUCACAUGUAUUUCCAUCAACAGUAUUUUUGCUAUGCUCAUGCUUUAUUGCCUUUUGUUCUGUCUUUUGUAAGUUUAGACAAAAGAAACUGUAAAGUAAACAAUUUUAAUGGUUAAAACAGUUACUAUUUGAAAUUAUUUUUCACCAGCUUUUGAAAGACACUGUAUUCAUUCAUUCAUGCAUUCAUUUUUUCCAACUUUCUUAUUCCAAGAUUUAGUUGCAGGCUGCCAGUGCCAUUCCCAACAGCAUCAGGACCGUGGCAUUUGAAUGUAGUUCUAACCAGUUUUAUUAGCAGCUAAUUUCAGCUUUUAAUUGGACCUAGGCCUCAGCAGAUUUCUGCCCUAAUUCCACAAAUUCUCAUGGCCAUGUGUAUCAUAUAUUUUUGUGUUCUAUGCAAUAAAUAUGUUUAGAUUGCUUGGAUAUAUAGAAAUUAUUACUAUAAACAAAGUAUUUCAAGUUAAAUUCUACACUGCCAUUUGUACCUGUUCCUGUUUUGUAUUGUCCACUUGAAAGGAAACAAGGACAAACCCUUAACUAAAAGUCAGCUAUUAAAAUUAAGCAAAUGAAUGCAGAUAUGAGUAGAUGUGUGUACUUUAAAAGCACAUCUCUUUAUAAAUCACUCUCCAAAAUAUGUAUUUCUGACACUGCGGAAUGAUAGUAGCAACAGACAACCCAGUUUAAAGUAAAAAAGGUCUUCUAAAAAGAAAUUCCUUUCUUUGGAAACUAUAACCCCUACACUGUAGAUGGGAAACUUCUUGUGCUGUGUUAUGUACACUCUGGUAUUUUUUUUUUUUUUUUUUGUGAAUGUCUGGGUACAUAACUCCAAAUGGAGUCUACUGGCAUAGCAUUUUAUGAAAAAAGUACAAGAAGCCUAUUCCAAGAAUGAACAGUUUAAAAUAAUGUAUUAAAUAUAUCUGAGUAUGUUAUGGUUUAAAUAUUACUGUAUGUAAAGGUUUAAUAUACUGCUUCUAAUUGUAAUAAACUGAGAUUUAACCAGAUGGGGAAAAAAAGAUGAAUUUUCCCUUUAUCAAUAAAAA